ACAACCCUCUUUCCUUUCCUACCAAAAUAGACAGUUAAGGGUGGAGGAGCUGACAUCAGCUAGUCAGAAAUGGCUGCCACCGGAGUUCUUCCCUUCAUCAGGGGGGUAGAUCUCAGUGGAAACGACUUUAAAGGAGGAUACUUCCCUGAGGAUGUCAAGUCUAUGAGCAGCCUGCGAUGGCUGAAGCUGAACAGGACAGGACUCUGUUACCUCCCAGAGGAGCUGUCCUCUCUCCAGAAGCUGGAGCAUCUUUCAGUGAGUCACAACAGUCUGACCACCUUACAUGGCGAUCUCUCCAGCUUACCAAACCUGCGGGCAGUGGUAGCCAGAGCCAACAGCCUUAAAAACUCUGGAGUCCCAGAUGACAUCUUUCAGCUAGAGGACCUCUCUGUGCUGGAUCUGAGCUACAAUCAGUUGACUGAGAUUCCCAGGGACCUGGAGAACAGCAGGAACAUGCUGGUGUUGAAUCUGAGUCACAACAGCAUCGAUUCCAUCCCCAACCAGCUGUUCAUCAACCUCACAGACCUGCUGUACCUGGACCUGAGCGACAACAAGCUGGACAGCCUGCCACCCCAGAUGAGACGCCUAGUGCACCUGCAGACCCUUAUUCUGAACAACAACCCGCUGAUGCACGCACAGCUGCGGCAGCUGCCAGCCAUGGUUGCUUUACAGACGCUUCACCUGAGGAACACCCAGAGGACGCAGAGCAACAUGCCCACCAGCCUGGAGGGACUGACUAACUUAGCAGAUGUGGAUCUGUCCUGUAACGACCUGACCCGGGUCCCAGAGUGCCUGUACUCCCUGAGCAGCCUGAAGAGACUCAACCUGAGCAGCAAUCAGAUCACCGAACUCUCCCUCUGCAUCGACCAGUGGACCCAGCUGGAGACGCUGAACCUGAGUCGAAACCAGCUCACCUCGCUGCCCUCUGCUAUCUGCAAGCUGUCCAAGCUGAAGAAGCUGUACGUUAAUUCCAACAAACUGGACUUCGAUGGGCUUCCUUCAGGUGUGAGCAAACUAGCUAGCCUCACCGAGUUCAUGGCUGCUAACAACAACCUGGAGCUCAUUCCUGAGGGCCUCUGCAGAUGUGACAAGCUGAAGAAGUUGGUCCUAAAUAAGAACCGCCUGGUAACGCUGCCUGAAACCAUCCACUUCCUGCCCGACCUGGAGAUCUUAGAUGUGAGGGAGAACCCCAGCUUAGUGAUGCCACCAAAGCCAGUGGACAGAGCAGCAGAGUGGUACAACAUCGACUUCUCCCUUCAGAACCAGCUGCGUCUGGCCGGAGCUUCUCCUGCCACUGUAGCUGCUGCAGGGGGAGCAGGGGCCAGCCCCAGAGACCACCUGGCGAGGAAGAUGAGGCUGAGGAGGAAGAAGGACAGUUCCCAGGACGAUCAGGCCAAGCAGGUCCUGAAAGGCAUGAGUGACGUUGCUCAGGAGAAGAAAAACAUGGAGGAAAACGGGGACUUGAAAUAUGGAGACCUAAAAGUGCGGCGGUGGGAUAAGAGCCUGGAGAAGCCCCAGUUGGAUUAUUCCGAGUUCUUCUUGGAGGACGUGGGACAGAUCCCAGGAGUAACCGUGUUCCAGAUCGAGAACUUCGUCCCCCAGCUGAUAGAUGAGGUUUUACAUGGAAAGUUCUACGAAGCAGACUGCUACAUCGUCCUCAAGACCUUCCUGGACGACAACGGAGCCUUGAACUGGCAGAUCUUCUACUGGAUCGGUCAGGAGGCGACGUUGGACAAGAAAGCUGGCGCCGCCAUCCAUGCCGUUAACCUGAGAAACUACUUGGGAGCAGAGUGCAGGACCAUUCGAGAGGAGAUGGGAGACGAGAGCGAGGAGUUCAGCGCAGUGUUUAACGAUGAGAUCUCCUACAUUGAAGGAGGAACAUCCAGUGGGUUUUUCACUGUGGAGGACACGCAUUACACCGUCAGGUUAUACAGAGUCUACGGCAAGAAGAACAUCAAACUGGAGUCUGUGCCGGUGAAGGGCUCUUCCCUCGACCCUCGCUUCGUCUUCCUGUUGGACACGGGGCUGGAAAUCUUCAUCUGGAGAGGAGCCAAUGCCACGCUCGGCGGCACCACAAAGGCCAGGUUGUUUGCUGAAAAGAUCAAUAAGAAUGAACGGAAAGGGAAGGCGGAGAUAGUGACCCUGAUGCAGAACCAGGAGCCUCCAGGGUUCUGGGAGGCUCUGGGAGGACAACCAGAAGAGAUCAAGAAACAUGUGCCAGAUGAUUUCUCCCCUGUCAGACCUAAACUCUACAAAGUGGGCCUGGGUCUGGGCUACCUGGAGCUGCCUCAGAUUAACUAUAAGCUGUCUGUGGAGCAUAAAGAUCGCAAGAUCAAGCUAGACACCAUGCCUGACCUCAGACUGGUACAGUCUCUGCUGGAUACUAAGUGUGUCUACAUCCUGGACUGCUGGUCAGACGUCUUCAUCUGGAUCGGGAGGAAGUCUCCUCGUCUGGUCCGAGCCGCAGCCUUAAAGCUGGGUCAGGAGCUCUGCUCCAUGCUGCACAGACCCAAACACGCCAGCGUCACACGCAACCUGGAGGGCACAGAGUGUCAGGUGUUUAAAUCAAAGUUUAAGAACUGGGACGAUGUUUUGAAGGUGGAUUACACAAGAGCUGCUGAGACUGUGCAGCAAAAUGAUAACCUGCAGGGCAAGGUGAAAAAGGAUGCGGAGCAGAAGGACCAGAUGAAGGCUGACCUCACAGCCCUGUUCCUCCCCCGCCAGCCCCCCAUGCCCCUCACUGAGGCCGAGCAGCUGAUGGAAGAGUGGAACGAGGACCUGGACGGCAUGGAGGGAUUUGUUUUGGAGGGGAAGAAGUUCACUCGCCUUCCGGAGGAGGAGUUUGGACACUUCUACACCCAGGACUGCUACGUCUUCCUCUGCAGAUACUGGGUUCCUGUGGAGUAUGAGGAUGAGGAGAAGAAGGAAGGGGAGGGCGGAGGAGGUGGAGGAGGAGGAGGAAAGGGGGACGAGGACGAAGAGGACAAACAGCCUGAGGAGGACUUCCAGUGUGUGGUUUACUUCUGGCAGGGCAGGCAGGCGUCCAACAUGGGCUGGCUCACCUUCACCUUCUCCCUGCAGAAGAAGUUCGAGAGCCUUUUCCCUGGAAAGCUGAAGGUGGUGCGGAUGACCCAGCAGCAGGAGAACCUCAAAUUCCUGUCGCAUUUUAAGAGGAAGUUUAUCAUUCACAAAGGGAAGCGGAAGCAGAGCACUGACGUCCAGCCGUCGCUCUACCACAUACGCACCAAUGGCAGCGCACUGUGCACCAGGACCAUCCAGAUUGGUACCGAUUCCAGCAAUCUCAACUCAGAGUUCUGCUUCAUACUUAAGGUUCCGUUUGAAAGCACAGACAACCAGGGAAUCGUUUACACCUGGGUGGGCCGGGCCGCCGACCCGGACGAGGCUAAGCUGGCCGAGGACAUCAUGAACACCAUGUUUGAUGAGAGCUACAGCAAGCAGGUAAUUAACGAGGGGGAGGAGCCAGAGAACUUCUUCUGGGUUGGAAUCGGAUCCCAGAAACAGUACGACGAAGAUGCAGAAUACAUGAAACAUGCUCGGCUCUUCAGGUGCUCCAAUGAGAAGGGUUAUUUCUCCGUGUCGGAGAAGUGCUCCGACUUUUGCCAGGACGACUUGGCCGACGACGACAUCAUGUUGCUGGAUAACGGCAAGGAGGUUUACAUGUGGGUCGGCACCCAGACCAGCCAGGUGGAGAUCAAACUCAGCCUCAAAGCCUGUCAGGUUUACAUCCAGCACAUGCGGGCUAAAGACUCUGAGCAUCCGAGGAAGCUGCGCCUGGUGAGGAAGGGAAACGAGCCUCACUGCUUCACACGCUGCUUCCACGCCUGGGGGCCUUUCAAAACUCCCCCCUCAUAGGCCAAACUCCCCCAAUCAAUCUGCCGCCCUGCUGGGUUUUAUUUAAACCAUGAGCUUCCUGUCUGCCCUCCAUCUUUCAGCCAAACAUCCCAAACCUUUCUGGAGAUAGACAGUCUGAGAAUGAGUGCAGAAUAAUGCAAUGUUUUUUUUUUUCUAUGAACUCUAUUUCCACACGCUGUUAAAUAAGAGAAUUAUCUUUUAAAAUGUACAGAGGAUUUAUAAAAACGUAAGGGAAGGGUUAUCUGCUUACAUAUCGUGCUGCUUUCACCUGGCUUCAGGGGAGGAGGUGCCGUUCAUUCAGCUUAUUUAAGCAGUUUAAGGCACCAACUAAUUUUUUUUUUUUUUCGUUUAUGAUUUAACUAUUUUUUCUAAUGAUCGUCAGCUUAACACUUCAGAUUUUUAUGCUCUCCCCUCUCUCCUUUUUGUUUUUUCUUUAUUUCCCUCAGACUCUAGUAGGGGAAUGAAUGCUCUGGGAGAUUCUGUUAUUUGCUCAUUUUAUUUUUUGAGUCUAAUUUAAGAUGCAUUUGGCCAAAGACAGCUUCUAGAGGUCAGGCAUUAAGAAUCUUUUUGUUGUUUCAAUGUGCAAUCAGUAGGGAGACGCUGAUGGAGGCUUCUCUGUACAUUUACAGCAAACAGGUUAAAGACCUCAGAUAAUUUGAGCGCCUUCAUAUCACACUUAUCACCCACCGCAUAAACAGGGAAUGUCCGGCUCUGUCAAAUCAAGUUCUGAUGACUGUAGUUUAACUUGUGAUCAUGUGACCCGUGUAAAGUGCAGGUAUUGGUCCAGGGAAGAGAUGAGUUGACUGCAAUGUCUUUAUAUUUUUUAUGAGGUGAUUUCUAUGCCGGUUGGAGUGUGAGUCUCCUGCACACAUGCACAUGCUCCUGAUGCCACCCGCAGAUGCUUUAUUUAUGUAUUUUAUAUAAAAUAAAAAUGUCAC